CUCUCUCUCUCUCUUUCUCAUUCUCCGGAGCAAAAUUUACUUCAUUUUUCCAUGUUGGUUUGAUUUUCUUGAAUCAAAAUUGGGUUGUGCAACUAGGUUCUUGGCAUCAAAGGUUCUAAGCUAGCUAAUGCAAAAGCAACCCUGCUCCGAAAAUCAAUAGCUACAUUUUUUUUUUCUUCUUCUGAAACAGAGCUAAAAGAACACAGAAAUUAUGUUGGAUCUUAAUGUUAACAUCACCCUCACCACUGAUGCCAGCUUUGAUUAUGAGAAGGCAAAAGAUAUGGAGAUCGAGGAGCUUCCACAGGGCUCAAGGACCCAAAUGGAAGACUCCGGGACCUCAAACUCCUCCGUUGUCAAUGCCGAAGAAGCUCCGACUCCGAGCAAUGCCGGCGAGGAAGAUUCAACUAACAACACUACCUCAUCUUUCGUCUUUGAUAUCUUGAAGAAAGACAAAGACGGUCUCUGCAACACUACCUAUUACGGUGGGGCCAAAGACCAAAACCCAUCUCUACAAUUCGUGACAAGGUCGCUUUUUCCGGUGACCGGAGACGGCGGAGGAGGCAAGGAGGCAGAGUGUGGGUUGUCGACGACAACGCCUCAGUGGCUGAACUUGUCGUUUGCUGAGUCUGGUAGCCAAGCUCAGGCCGAGCUGAGAAUUAUGCAACAGAAAAAACCGCAGCCUCGGAAAAGCAGAAGGGGGCCGAGAUCUCGGAGCUCUCAGUACCGCGGCGUCACGUUUUACCGGAGAACAGGGCGGUGGGAAUCGCAUAUAUGGGAUUGUGGGAAGCAGGUAUAUUUAGGUGGAUUUGAUACUGCUCAUUCUGCAGCUAGAGCAUACGAUCGGGCUGCAAUCAAGUUUAGGGGAGUUGAUGCUGAUAUCAAUUUUACUUUAGGCGAUUAUGAGGAAGAUAUGAAACAGCUGGGGCAUCUGAAUAAAGAAGAAUUUGUGCACGUGCUUCGUCGCCAAAGCACCGGAGCCUCACGUGGGAACUCAAAAUAUAGAGGUGUAGCUCUGCCCAAAUGUGGUGGUGCUGGUGGUAGAUGGGAAGCUAGGAUGGCACAAUUUCCUGAGAAAAAGGUCUUUGAGAAGGAGGGCAUCAAAUACAACACAGGAAGAGAAGCAGCAGCAGUUACCAACUUUGUUGACCCUAGCAUCUAUGAAGGGGAGGUGGUUUUAGAUGCAAGCAUUGAAGGCAGUGGCCAUAACCUUGAUCUCAGCCUUGGGAUUUCUCAGCCUUCUUCUGGUCAAAAGGGCAAUGGCAAUCUGGGGGAUUUUCAAUUUCGUUACAAAGAGAGGCCAAUGGUUAAUGGCUCUGCUGCUUCUGCAGCUGUGGGGCAAACCCCUCAUGUUCUAACAAUGGUAGCCAAGCAUCCUGCCUUAUAUUCUGGGAUGUAUCCAGGUUUCUUACAAAAACAUGAGGAAAUGGAGUCAGAUCACAACGGAGCCCAAGCUGUUUCUUCACCGAGAUAUACAAACUGGGCAUGGCAAGUUCAUGGAAACAGCCACAGUGUUAGCCCAGUGCAAUUGUUUUCUAUUGCAGCAUCAUCAGGAUUCCCAUCUUCUAUGGCUUCUACAGCUCCUCCAGCAGCUAAUUAUUUUCCACCAAACCUCCAAGGCAGUGCUUCUGCCUCCUACAACGUCGGCCGCCUUCCUUUUCCUACCCCAUCCACCAUGUAAUUGUGCUUUUGAAAGGCUAGGUGUGCAGAACUUGACUAAGACACAAUAGUCUGUAAUGUGCAGAGAUGUUUUCGUUUUGUACGUUGUCUCAUAUUAUCAAACAUAGAUUGCUAUAUAUUAGCUCUGUAACAUUUCCCUUGUAACUGUUGUAUAUGAGCUUCAGUAUCCAAAUGAGGCUUUGUCAAUCAAGUAAAAGGGUUCUUAUAUUUGCAAUU